AUGAGGAAUUCAAUGCUGCGAAUAUCAAGAAGAUGUUUCAACUCCAGCGGGCUGCUGUUGAAACCUUCUCCAACUAGAACGAGGGGCGCUGUACAGAACCUCACCGACUCUUUGGCUUCUAAUCCUCAAUUAUCAUUCCCCUGCUUAGAUAAACAAGAAAAGAGAUCGAAAACACUGUUGGAAGAUGGCCCUGAGCCCAGUUAUCAAUCUAUGAAGGAACACCAUGUCCACAAAUAUAAGAGUGAGGAUCCUAUAUUUCUGGAUUAUGGAGGCUAUUUACCCAAGUUUGAAAUUGCCUACGAGACUUGGGGACGACUCAAUGAACAUAGAGACAAUGCAAUCUUGAUACACACAGGGUUGUCUGCUUCAUCGCAUGCAAAGUCAAAUGCUUUGAACUUGAAAAAAGGCUGGUGGGAAGAGUUCAUCGGACCGGGAAAAUACUUGGACACUACAAAAUAUUUCAUUAUCUGUACGAAUGUGAUCGGUGGUUGCUAUGGAAGUACGGGUCCAUCGUCAAUUGAUCCAGCUGAUGGUAAACGUUAUGCCACGAGGUUUCCAAUCGUAUCUAUUAACGACAUGGUGCGGGCUCAAAAUCGAUUAGUUAGUUCCCAUUUUGGUAUAAAGGCACUCCAUGCUUCUGUGGGAGCAUCAAUGGGUGGAAUGCAAUCUCUAGCCUACGCUCAUGAGUUCCCUGAUCAGGUGAACAAGAUCGUCAGUAUAUCAGGAUGUGCUAGAUCUCACCCCUACUCUAUUGCGAUGAGAUUUUGCCAACGACAAGUUCUUAUGAGCGAUCCAAAUUGGAACAGAGGUUUCUACUAUGACUCUCUCCCACCACACACAGGAAUGAAGCUCGCCAGACAGAUUGCUACGAUCACCUAUCGUUCUGGACCAGAAUGGGAAGUCCGAUUUGGUGUGGAAAGGACGGAUCCUUCUAAACAGCCUGCCCUCUGUCCAGAUUUCAUAAUUGAGAACUACCUAGAUCACCAAGGGGAAAAAUUCUGUCUGCAAUACGACCCCAAUUCCUUGUUAUACGUUUCCAAGGCUAUGGACCUGUUUGACCUUGGAGCGAUUGAAAGACAAAAGGCAGAAUUAUCUCGUAGUCAGGCUGAGGCUAAAUUUAAGGGAGCCUAUGUGCCGUUUGAGGAGCUUCAAUUUGAACCCUCCGGAAGUAACUGCUCACUUCCAUCAACUCCCUACGAAGAGAAGCCCCGCAAAGGAAGGCGAGCAACUCCUGAAGAGUCUCGCAGAGACUUGCUAGAAGGUUUGAAGACUCUAGCUCAUAAAGAUGUACUAGUCAUUGGAGUCGAAAGUGAUAUUUUAUUUCCUGCAUGGCAACAAAGAGAGAUCAGUGAUUUGCUCACAGAGGGUGCUAAAGAGUUAGGACUUGAAGGGAGUAACAUCAGACAUGUUGAACUAGGUUCUGAUGUUAGUAUCUUCGGACAUGACACUUUUCUCCUAAGUCUGGACCAUAUUGGUAAACCAGUAAGUGAAUUCUUGAAUUAG